UACUUUACCUCAGAUGGUUGGAUCGUGUCAGAUCAAGGUCGGAUUACAACAACAGAACUAUCGUUCAAAACUUCUCUUGAAUCAUUGACAUAAUUCCGCCCGGUGUUUCACGAUAUAAUCAUUAAGCAAAUACCAAUAAAAAAUGUCAAUCCUGAGGCCGUUCACAUGUGAUGACAUGUUCAAAUUUAACAAUGUGAACUUAGACCCACUCACUGAAACGUAUGGAUUAUCGUUCUACAUGCAAUACCUUGCCCACUGGCCUGAAUAUUUCCAAGUUGCUGAAUCUCCAUCUGGCGAAAUUAUGGGCUACAUUAUGGGAAAAGCGGAGGGUCAUUGUGAAAAUUGGCAUGGCCACGUAACAGCUUUGACAGUUUCUCCAGAUCAUCGAAGACUAGGGCUGGCAGCCACACUCAUGAAAUUUCUUGAAGAAGUAUCAGAAAAGAAGCAAGCAUAUUUUGUUGAUCUUUUUGUGAGGGUUAGCAAUAAAGUGGCGAUAAAAAUGUACCAACAAUUGGGCUAUAUUGUUUAUAGAACUGUUUUGGAAUAUUACAGUGGAGAUCCAGACGAAGACGCUUAUGACAUGCGAAAGGCGUUAUCACGGGACGUUAAGAAAAAAUCUGUUAUUCCUUUGACACAUCCUGUUAGACCCGACGAAGUGGAUUGAGAAAUGAUUGUUAAAUGCUUUGAAAGAAAUUAAACCACUAUAAUGGA